AUGUACCCACUUCUUAUAAAGAUUUUAAAUGUAAUCGCUUACCUUUGUUUCUUGAGCACUAACCUUUAUUCCGGCCUUGGCCCUCAAAAUGACAAAUCCCCAUAUUCUGAUACCCGUCCUACCUAUAUUACCCCAGCCGCUUUCACUUUUGGUGUUUGGGUUUUUAUUCAUUUAUUAUUAGGAUGUUUUGUAAUUUACCAAUUCUUCACUCCUGCCGGUGAAGUCGUUAUUGAUGGUAUUCAUUGGCACUUCAUAUCCAUCUCACUCUGGAAUACUGCAUGGCUCGCUCUUUGGACCAAUGAUCUCUUUGUUCUUUCAUGGGUUGCCAUCGUCAUUACUGGUUGUCAAGUUAGUCACGUUUACUGGACUCUCAAACGGAAAUAUCCACCUCAUAACGUUGGCGAUAAACUUUUGAUUCACUUUCCAUUUUCUCUUUACCAUGCUUGGAUUGCUGUUGUCUUUAUCUUGAGCACUUUUGUCGCUUUUAGUCCUGAAAAAUUACCUGAUCAAGAUCCGAGUCUUUUCGUUAAAGUUUUAGUCUUUUUAGGAUUAUUGUUCCUUGGAAUGCAUUCCAUUUUUUAUGCUGAACAAAUCGGGGGUGAUGUUUCUGGUUCUAUUGUUAUUGCUUGGUCAUUGUUUGGUAUUGCUGCUGGUCAAGAAGAUGCCUUUAUUCAUUGGUCUGCUAUUGUCAUUGGCACCAUCUCAACACUGUACAUUCUUAAACCUUUUGUCUUUAAAUACUUCUUACGUCGAUCAGGAGAAGAAAGUGAAGUUUUAUUACCACAUUAG